AUGGAAAACUGUAAUCCAAUUUCGACGCCAAGGGAACUAGAUGCAAAGUUGUCGAAAUUUGAUGGAGGAGAACGCAUCGAAGCAAGCAAAUAUCGAAGUUUGGUAGGAAGUCUUCGAUAUCUCACAUGUACAAGGCCUGAUCUUUCGCUUAGUGUCGGAAUUGUAAGUCGUUUCAUAGAGGAACUAGUCUAUACACAUUGGAAGGCAUUGAAAAGAAUCCUUCGAUACAUCCAAGGAACUAUGUCACUUGGAAUGUUUUAUUCAAGAGAAGAAGAUUACAAGUUGAAUGGUUAUUCCCACAACGAUUGUUGCGGUGAUAUAUAUGAUGAUCGAAAGAGUACGUCAGGAUAUGUGUUCUUAAUGGGAAAUACCUAUUUUACAUGGAUUUCAAAGAAACAGCUGAUUGUAACACUCUCGGCAUGUGAAGCUGAAUACAUAGCAGCAUCUUGGUGCGUUUGUCAUGCAAUAUCGCUUAGAAUAUUGUUGAGCAAAAUGGAGCUAAAACAGGAAGGUGCAACAGUAAUACAAGUGGACAUGUGA